AUGCAGCAAAGUGCUGAACUUAGCCCUUCUAGUAAUGCAAGCAUUAACGUUCAUGACUUUAGAAGCCCCCCAAUUCCAGAUAAUGACGGUCUUGAACAAGCAGUUGAAACUGCUUUGAUUCAUUUGGAACAAUGUGCAAACGAUAACGUAAAAGAUACGAUUAUCCCUAAACAUAUAAAGAAUAUCGUAGAACUCGCACGUCAAUUCAGAUCAUUAACGCAAGACAGCAUAAAUCACUGCGGGAAAAUGGCGGCAUAUGCGUCAGAUUUUAUGGAAUAUGUUCAGGUGUUGUUUGAUGAAGAUGUCUCAGGAAAUGAUUUUGUUGAGGCAAUGAAAUCACAAAUCCAAGCAGCCUCUUCCAACAGAAGUAACGCUGCAAAAUUAACAAAGGGUUAUUGCGACAUAAUGGCUUCAUUGAAAAAUGUCUUAAAUGAGCUUGAAGACUUAGGUAUUGUAGAAAAAAAACUGGAACAAGAUGUACAAGAAGCUAAGAAGGAACAAUUCCAACAUAUGAUUGCGGCUGUUGGUACUGGGAUUGGAACUGGUAUUGCAAUAUGUGCGGCUCCAUUUACAGCCGGCGCGUCUUUGGCUGUUGUUGGUGCUCUUGGUGUGGCUUCUGCCGGUUCCAUGAUAGGUACUUCAAUUACUAGUGUUCAAUUUGGCGAUAAAGCAAAACUUACAGAAACCCAAUUAACACAAAUUGAGGGUGCUAAAAUGCAUCUGGAGUGUGUUAUGGCAGCACUUAUUACGAUGGUUGAUAAAUUCAGUUGCUUUGAGGAAUUUUUCAGACAAGAAGUUGAUGAUAUUUCUAAGGUUACUGAAAAAUAUAGUGACAAUAUAAAUG